GAUUGUGAAAGAUGCCAGGUUCGGCUCACCGUUCUUGUAAGAGAUGGAGAUCUUGGUGUUGUAGUAGUCGUCCCGAGCGACGAGGGCCGCCUUUCCGCCGACUGUUUCUGUCCGUCAGUUCACGACAAAAGCUCUCUCCAUCUCUCGUCUCCCGCCGGAUCCAAGAAGGCUGCCAGACUUUGUUCCUUCCAGCCACUUCCGCCGAGCCCGCUCGCACAUGCUUCCGAAGAAUCGGCCGCACCAUGACAGACGAGCAACGAGGGCGACCGACAGAAACGAACGCAGUAACGCGAGGGCUGCUGCUACAGACGCGGCCCAGAACAACGCUGGGAACCCAUCCGCGGGAGCCCACAUAUCUGCCGGCCGGCUUUCUGUUGGACGGGGCACUGAUGGGGUGAUGGUGGUGCAGGUGGCGACAGCGUAUAUUGGGAUAACUCUUGGGAGGUAUCGUUCAUGUUCACGACGUGUCUUCCCCCAAGCGGCAGCCCAAGGCCAGACAGAGAGACGCGCAUGCGAACUUUAUGUCGAAGGAGAGACGUCUUGCAGAUGGCAUCCGAGUCAGAACAGGGAAUCGCUGUAUAACAGCUUGGCGACAGCUGGGAAUACGAAAGGCGAGGUCGCGCAUCGCCAGACUCGCCGUGGUGGUGCGAUGGAGGCAUACCACCCCGGGAACGGCUUCGAACGUAAAAUGAUGACAAUAAUAGCAAUAAUAGCAAUAAUAGUAAUACAAAAGAGUCUCUUUCCGGGAUGCCAGCUUAUCAGAUCCCUUGGCCCAAUGGGAACACGCCCGCCGCGUCCCACCGUCUCUCUUGGCAGCAGGCGCGGCAUGCCCGAACCCGGAAUCGUUCGCCGGCGUUCGUUGGCCUAUGCCCGAUGAGUUGUUGUGGGUUGUUUUGGUAGUGAACUGAUG